CAAGGAGAGAGAAGUAGGAAAAACUACAGCGGAUGGUGUUUGAGUUUUGUGCUCAAGACCCGCCCCCUUUACACCGGAAGUUUGGCUUUGUUGUUACGCUGGAGAAAUGGCUGCCGCGAGUUCACUUCAUUGAAGGAAUUGGAAUAUUUUUGCUUGUUGCACGGAAUGUACAUCCAAUGGGAUUACGAUCCACGGUGUAAGUACUUGAUGGCGCCGGGCGUUUUUGUUCAUAUUUGGUUUUUGUGCAUUUCCACCAUUUUAACUUGCUAACCUGAAGACAUUGCAGGGGCUUGGAUGGUAAAUUUGCAGAGGUGACAGUGUCGGGGGAAAGGGCAGCAACGUCUCCUGUCACAUAGCAACUGGUGUUGUACAACAAUGCAUCAGUGUUUGGAAUAUGCAUUGGAUCGGGCCGAGUACAUCGUUGAAAGCGCUCGUCAGCGACCUGCAAAGAGGAGAGCCUCUUCUAGUGGGAGGAAAUCAUUAUAUCAGAAACUCUACGAGUUAUACAUUGAAGAAUGUGAAAAAGAACCAGAGUUGAAGAAGCUGAGAAGAAAUGUCAAUCUGCUUGAGAAGUUGGUUGCACAGGAGUCCAUAUCAUGCCUUGUGAUUAACUUAUACCCUGGGAAUGAUGGGUACUCGCUGAUGCUGAGGGGAAAGAAUGGAUCUGAUUCAGAGACGAUUCGGCUACCAUAUGAAGAGGCAGAAUUGUUGGAGUACCUCGACGCUGAGGAGCUGCCCCCUGUCCUAGUUGACCUUCUGGAAAAAUCACAGGUGAAUAUAUUCCACUGUGGCUGCGUUAUUGCCGAGGUCCGAGACUACAGGCAGUCUGGGAACACCAAGAUUCCUUCCUGUCAAACCCAUCACAUUUUAUUACGACCUACUAUGCAGACCCUUAUCUGUGAUGUCCAUUCGAUGACGAGUGACCACCACAGAUGGACCCAGGAUGAUAAGCUGCAGCUGGAGUCUCAGCUGAUCUUGGCCACAGCAGAGCCUCUCUGCCUGGACCCCUCCAUCUCUGUGACCUGCACAGCCAACCGCCUUCUCUACAACAAACAGAAGAUGAACACGCGCUCCAUGAAACGGUGUUUCAAGAGGCACUCACGCGCUGCGUUAAACCGGCAGCUGGAGAUGGCCCACUUCCCCACGCCGCCUCAGCUCCGGCUCUUUGACUACCUGCAGAAGAGGAAGGAGAGGAAACCAGCACCCUCAAUAGACCUCAAGAUCUCCAAGGCCGGCAAUAGCGUUGACAUGUGGAAACAGAGCGCCUGCCAGCUCACCGUCCCGUCAGAAAUCGACGUGGAGAAGUAUGCAGUGGUGGAGAAGUCAGUGAAAAUAGAAGAAUCACAGCCUAUGGUUUGGCCAGCAAAGGAGGUGAAAGAUGACUACAUUUUUGAGUGUGAGGUAAACGGUCAGACUCAGAAGACGAAGGUGACCAUGUUCCAGUCGGUGGGAGAUCCCCUGUUCUAUGGGAAAAUCUACAGCGCCAAAGACUCCAAAAGUGAGGAGGACGCUCCGGACCUUCACCUCAUCCAUCCACCGUUCCUAAUAGGUUCAAAGAUUGAUGCUGACCGGUUUUUGAAGCAGUAUAAGGAAGUGUAUGAGAGGGACGUUAAGUGUCAGGUGAAGAUGUCCCACAACUCGGGAAGCUCCGUGUCCCAGGUGCCGCUCUCUCCGAACCGUGAGGCAGAGACUGACACUUUCUCAGGACUUGUGCAGUCCUCAGUUCUGGGAAAGGGAGUUAGGCACCGACCACCUCCCAUCAAACUGCCAGCCAUUAGCACCUCAGGUAAUCCAUAUAGCUCACAGACCUCUUCAGGUCAUCUAAAGUGCCCAACUCCCCCGCCUGCUAAAAACCAGUCCCUGACCCGGAAGCACUCCAUGGAUCAGGUCGGCCUGCUGUCCCCGGCCGCCCUCUCCCCCAUGGGCUCAUCACAGAGGUCAGGGACGCCAAAGCCUUCGACGCCCACCCCCACGAACACGCCGUGCUCCACGCCACACCCGGCGGACGGCCAGAGUGCCACGCCGUCGGUGACGCCCACGCCGCAGGACGCAGCUGUGGUGGCGGCGGCGCAGCAGCAGCAGCAGCAGCAGCCGCCCACACUCCUCGCCCCGUUCGCCCAGCAGCAGAUGGCGCUGAGCCAGGCCCUGCCCGUCAUGACCAUCCCCCUGCCCACAUCCAUCAGUACCGGCACCACUUCCUCCCAGGUCAUGGCCAGCCCGACCGGGCUCAACUUCAUCAACGUGGUCGGGUCCGUUUGCAGUCCGCAGACGUUGAUGGGAGGCUCCAACCCCAUGCUGGGCUGCAGUCCUGGGAUCAACCUGAGUGGAAUACUGCCCUCUGGUGGCCUCAUGUCAGGAGCUCUGCCCACCAUGCAGUCCGCAGCGCAGGCUGGGAACCCAUUCAGUCUGAACAACACCCAAGGAUUAAGACCUCUGAAUCUGCUCCAGAUCCCUCAGAUGAUCUUCAACCCACUGCAACAGCCACAGCUGUCCCAGUUUUCCCCGCAGCAGCAGAAUAGCCAGUCGACCACAUCCAGCCCACAACAACAGGGGGAGUUGACUGAUCAAACUGGUGCUGAUCAGGGCCUUGGAGCCCAGCAAACAGCCGUCAUCAACCUGACUGGAGUUGGAGGAUUCAUGUCUUCGCAGGCUGCUGUGCUGUCGCAGCUGGGCUGCGGUCUGGAGAGGCCUGGGCCCAGCCUGCCGUCUCCAAGGCUCCAGCAACAGCAGCAACAGCAGCACCAGCCACAGAUCCAAUUGCAAUUCUUGCAGCACCAAAUGCAGCAGCAGCAGCAAAUGGCUAUGGCAGCGGGGGCGGGACCGCAGGUGGGGCUGCCACAGCAACAGCAGCAUUCCGCCAGCCAAGCAAGAAGUAAACGGAAGCGCAGCACACCCUAGACCCCACACCUCCUCCAAAUUCAGUCACGCCGCUGCAACUCCUCUCUUCUAAAUAAAGACAAAUGUGUCUGUGGAAAUGUCCCCAGAGA